AGGUUAGAGACGCUCACCACAUCCACCGACACACUAUAACACCCACCGCGCUCUCUACUACGCCAACCACUGCCCAGCGAUGGUGGCCUUCUACGAGCUCCAACUAAUUCUCCUUGUGUCUUCCUGUCUCGUCUUUCUCUUACUCGAGCGUCAUGUUUCUCGCAAAAGAAGUACAGCUACCAAAGACCACUAUCCCGCCGACAGACUGGAGAACGGAAAUCCCUCACCACCUCUAAACUCGUUCGCGUCAUUGACGAGACAAUAUAUUGUCGUAUACGCAAUUGUUAUGGGCGCCGAUUGGCUACAAGGUCCCUACGUCUAUUCAUUAUACCGAGAACAAUACGCAUUCCCGGAGAGGACAGUCGCAGUUUUAUUUGUCACGGGUUUCGUUUCCGCUGGUAUCACUGCCCCUUUGGUUGGCGUUUGGGCAGAUCAGCAUGGCCGGAAGAAACUUUGUUUGACAUUCUGCAUAACAUACACCGCCACCUGUCUCUGCAUCCUCUUCCCAUAUCUUCCUGUCCUACUCUGCGGCCGAGUUCUGGGGGGUAUAUCGACAUCGAUACUCUACUCCGCCUUUGAAUCAUGGCUAGUAUCAUCAUCCAAUUCCUUGACUAUUCCAUCAUCAGACCUAUCGACUAUCAUGGGUCGUGCGACAUUAGUAAAUGGUUUCGUAGCUACUGGCGCCGGAAUUGCUAGUAACCAGUUGGUGACAUUGACUAAUUCAUUUGCGACGCCCUUUAUGGCUAGUGGUGUGCUUCUUCUGCUCGGGUUUAUAGCUAUUCGCGCCAGUUGGGCGGAGAACUAUGGGAGUGGAGGAGGGACUGAAUCCACCGAUAUUAUGCAGCUCAAGCGCCUCAGACAAGCUUGGCAGAUUGUUCGCAGUGAUCCACUUCUGCUAGUGAUUGGCCUCACACAAACUUGUUUCGAGGGUUCCAUGUAUCUAUUCGUCUUUCUCUGGGUCCCAGCUCUCCAAGAAGCAUCUCCUUCCUCUCUAGCGCUGCCUCUCGGAUAUAUAUUCUCUUCAUUCAUGAUUUCUAUGAUGCUCGGUUCUCUCCUUUAUACCGCUAUCUGUUCCUAUGCCCCACCACCCACACCGACUGCUCCAGGUGACUCUUCCCUGGCGCUUCAUGCAAAACUAAGCAGUCUUGUAUGUGCUGUCAGCGCCCUUGCACUUGCAGUGAGCAUCAGAUCGGACAAGGAAAAGGUGAGGUUUUGGGCGUUCUGUGCAUUUGAGGCUUGUGUGGGCAUGUAUAAUCCUGUGCAAGGAAUGCUCCGAGGGACACUGAUCUCAAAUGAACAUCGAGCUACUCUUUCUUCCUUAUUCCGCGUUCCCCUUAAUAUCUUCGUCGUCGUGUCCCUCCUGACGGGGGUCUCAUCUGCCCGCUAUGCAGUACUUUCUGCAAGCUCGCUCAUGCUCGCGUUCUCGUCGCUAAUGACGGCCGUUAUUGUGGUUGCGCGAGCGGAUGAUAUACCAACGUCUGAAACUCACCUCCGACCUGCGUAAACCGUGUAUCCAUACUCCUCCCAGGUUGAUACUAGAUACCUUCCGUGACGCGUGCUAGGCAGGGCAGACCAUGGACUGGCUGGUGAACCCCUGGUAUAAAUUCAUCACAUAACCCUUUAUUAUGUAGUUACUCCUCAUACCCGGAUUCCUGUAGACCACAUAUUACACACAAUUUACAAUUACGUUCCUCACUGCAUUGGCAGCCAGCUAGAGCCAACCUUCCGAUGCAGAUUAUUGAAGUGGCAUACAGUUACAAUAAAAACCACUAGGGUAAUCAGUUGUAGAUAUGCUGCUUGUUCAAUAGAACACUGCAGUACUGUAUUUAUCU